AUGCGUACAUUCGCUCUUCUCACGGCCUUGGCGGCCUCCGUCCUGGCUUCACCCAUGCCGCAAGGUGUGACCUCUGCAAUUGCUCCAUCGUCUCCAGCUCCCGAGGGCUGCCAGCCCUCGUAUAGCGGCAGCUUCGAGAUCACUGUGGUGAAUGUCUCGUCCUCAGCCAAACGGGACCUGCACGAGCGUCAAAAUUCUGGCAUCCUGACCCUCACUCUUGCGGACUCGAUCCUCAAAGAUCAAGCCGGACGUACUGGAUAUAUUGCCUCCAACUAUCAAUUCCAGUUUGACAACCCUCCACAGGCCGGGGCCAUCUACACAAGCGGGUUUUCUCUCUGCUCCAACUCAAGCCUUGCGUUGGGUGGCUCUGCCAUCUGGUAUCAAUGUCUGAGCGGAUCAUUCUAUAACCUGUACGACCGGGACUGGGCCCCCCACUGUGUCCCAAUCUAUAUCUACGCUCUGAUCGCAUCCUCUGCUCCGCCAGCCACACAAGCAAAUGAUGGCCAACCAGCAGUCACGACUGUCGUCCCGUCGGUCACUCAACUCACGGAUGGCCAACCCCAGGUCACUUCGGCGGUCGUUACCCAGAUCUCAGAUGGACAACCUCAGGCUACCACUGGUGUUCCUGUCACGCAGAUCAGCGACGGCCAGCCGCAAGCAACGACUGGCGUACCUGUCUCCCAAAUCUCGGAUGGACAGCCACAGGUUCCCACCGCAACGCCGGUGUCCCAGAUCAGCGAUGGCCAACCCCAGGCCCCUACUGGAGCACCAGUGACCCAGAUCAGCGACGGGCAACCCCAGGCCGCUACAGGGACACCAGUGACCCAGAUCAGUGACGGCCAGCCUCAGGCCCCUACUGGUGCGCCGGUCAGCCAGAUCAGUGAUGGGCAACCCCAGGCCCCUACUGGUACUCCCGUGACCCAGAUCAGCGACGGACAGCCUCAGGCCCCUACUGGUGCUCCCGUCAGCCAGAUCAGUGAUGGGCAGCCUCAGGCCCCUACUGGUACUCCCGUGACCCAGAUCAGCGACGGACAGCCCCAGGCACCAACGGGUGCUCCCGUCAGCCAGAUCAGCGACGGACAGCCCCAAGCUCCUACAGGGACACCAGUGACCCAGAUCAGCGAUGGACAGCCGCAAGCUCCUACCGGUGCACCUGUCAGCCAGAUCAGUGAUGGUCAACCCCAAGCACCAACGGGCGCCCCUGUCACUCAAAUCAGCGAUGGACAGCCCCAGGCGCCAACCGAGACUGUUGCUCCCGCCUCGACCUCAGUCGCUCCAGCGACUUUUACCGGCGCCGCAUACCGACCUGAAUUCCCUGGAGGAAUUGCUGUCGUUGCGGGUAUUGCAGGAGCUGUGGCUCUUCUGUAA